AUGACUGCAACCCUUGAACGCCAGCGUGAUUAUGUGUUCACCCCACCCAGUGUGGAGGAACGUCUGCGUCAAGCGGCCGGACAAACAUUGGCAACGUGGGUCAUUGGCCAUGGGCCUAAGACUCCUGAGGAGGUGGUGAGCUGCCAGGCACUUCGUGAGAGGUACCUGGAGCCGCACCUAACGACUCAAAGUCAAUACAAGGCACGCCUUGACAUGCAAGCACGUGGUGCACCAGUUCCACCGAUGAAGGGUAUACCCAUUCUCCUGCUCGCAGGCGAAACAGCGAGUGAAGAAGACGAUGCCUUUGUUCACUGGGUGCACUAUGUGCGUCGCCUCAGCAACAUUUUUGCUCUAAGGGCUAGUGCCCAUGCGGCGGAUGUGCGUCUCGAACGCAAGCUUUGGUAUGAUUAUGCCAAGCUUAAGGCCAGAGGCCAAUUGCGCAAGCGCACGCGCUAUGCUUCGGCUACUAAGGUAGCCGCGAGUGCUGGUCAGUCUGUGACCAACAACCCGCCAACCCGCACCACUAGUGGUGGUGAACGGCCUCGGCCUCGAGAUGACCAUGGCCACGAUGCUCAAAAGCCUCCAAAGCAUAUGGGCAGUCUUGCCGAAGGGGUACCUCAAAUUCCCAUGAGUUUUCAGACUCAGGUCUCUCGACAUGGAAUUGACGACACCCAUGCUCAUCGAGCAAAGUCGGUGGCGGCCGGUGUACCGGUGGAGGCCCACGAGAAAUUGGUUCUCGAAGUGAAGGGUCUUCAAGAGGCCUUGGGUAAGUCCCAGUGCAUGCUGGAUGCGAUGCAAAGCCGCCUUCAGGCGAUAGAGCAAGCUCAAACUCGGAGCGAGGCUCAGUUGGACUUGCUGAUUCGUCUACAGCAAUCCGGGGCAGUGCCCUUGUCGUCGGCGCAAGCGCCUCCAAGUUCACAUGGGAAGGAUCCCGGUACGGCUUAA